GCUGAGCGUGUCUGAGCUUCCUCGGCGAUGCCGUUCUGAUGCCCCUCUGCCAGCAUGUCCCUGAGAAGGCUCAUCCAGCAGAACCACGAGGCGGGUGUGGGCACAGCGAGGGCCGGCAGCGGGAGCGCGGCCGAGGCGCUGGGGACGUGGCCCCGCGGGCGCCAGCAGCUCACCUUAGCCAGAUCCAGCUCCUUGGAUGACUGCUCCAGGCCACAAAGACACCUCGUUGCUAUAUUAAAAGACGAUAAAGAGACAUUUGGGUUUGAAAUCCAGACUCUCAGGUUCCCGCACCAGAAUGAUUACUCGCUGGAGGUGUGCACGUGUGUCUGCAGGAUUCAGGAAGAAAGUCCUGCCCAUUUUUCUGGGCUCCAGAUCGGUGACAUCCUCGCCAGUAUCAACGGGGUGAACACUGAUGGCUUUAGUCACAAGCAAAUAGUAAACUUGAUAAAGUCUUCAGGAAACUACUUAAGACUGGAGACUGUCAAUGGGGCCAUGUUCCUGCGGAAGAUGGAGCUGGAGGCCAAGCUGCAGUUGCUGCAGCAAACCCUGCGUCAGAGGCGCGUGGAGCUGGGCGUGCUGCUGGCCCGGGAGCAGCGCCUGCUGCACGGGGAGGUGAACGACAACGCAGUGCUGGCUGCGCUGGAGCUGGAAGGAUGUGGCCUGGGGGGAGGCUGCAGCACUCCAGGACCCCUCUUCCUGCGGCAGCCUCGCUGCUCCAGCGAGAGCAGCUGCCGCAGCCGGCUCAGCUCCAUGACGGUGGACAGCGAGGACAGCUCCUGCCCCAGCAACGCCUUCGAGGAGUCGGCCACCGAGAGCCUGAGCCGCCAGUCCAGCCUGAGCCUCCAGUCCAGCCUGAGCCGCCAGUCCAGCCUGGACGACGACUGCGUGUUCCACAGGGACGGGGCGGGCGGGAGGAGCUCCCUGCGCAGGAACCGCAGCAUCAGCCUGGCCAGCAGCGGGUCCAUGUCCCCGCUCUGGGAGGGCACCAGCUGCAACAGCGCUUUUGGGACCCUCCCACGGAAAAGCCGGAGGUCCAGCGUCCGCAAGCACCUGUUGAAGUUCAUUCCGGGCCUUCACCGGGCGGUGGAGGAGGAGGAGAGUCGGGUCUGACGUCGCAGGGUUGUCCCUGAUGGCUGUGGCUCUGCACGGGGCACUGCUGGGGGCCUGGGACAGAGGGCAGCAGCUCGCCCAGGAGCACGCCGUGGGUGAAACACUGUGGCUUUGCAUUUCUCCUCCCUACAGCAGGAUUGAUGAUAUUUAAACAACUCUGGGUUUUAAGUUACUUUGAUUUUUAAUCAGAGCCCACUCUGGACCUCUUAAUCCACGUGAAAGUGGCUGACUCUGAAGCGUGAGGAACCUCUGCAGAACCGCCUCGGUAUAUUUUAGCGUUAAUAACAGUUUUUAAUUGAAUGUCAAAUUGGCAGCUAUUUAUUUCCCGUUACUAAAGUCAUAGUCCUCCAA